CAUAUUGCUAAAUCGGAAGAAGGAAGCCAUCUUUAUUUCGCAGGCGUUUAUGUCUGCCAACGAAGAGUUUGUGUUAAUACAAUUUUGAUUAUCCUAAUCAGAUACUCAUAUUUAUAAAGCGUGUAUAUAGUAGUAUGUCAACAAUGAAUCCUGAAUAUGAUUAUUUGUUUAAACUUCUACUGAUUGGAGACUCUGGUGUUGGAAAAUCCUGCCUUUUAUUACGGUUUGCAGAUGACACUUACACAGAAAGUUAUAUUAGUACAAUUGGGGUGGAUUUCAAAAUUCGCACGAUAGAACUGGAUGGAAAAACAAUCAAACUGCAAAUCUGGGACACAGCAGGUCAAGAACGAUUCCGAACCAUCACAUCAAGUUACUACCGUGGAGCUCAUGGCAUCAUUGUGGUUUAUGAUGUAACAGAUCAGGAAUCAUUUAACAAUGUGAAACAGUGGCUUCAGGAGAUUGAUCGGUAUGCCAGUGAAAACGUCAAUAAGCUGUUGGUGGGCAACAAGUGUGAUCUGACAGCAAAGAAAGUCGUCGACUACACAACGGCCAAGGAAUACGCUGAUCAACUAGGAAUACCCUUCCUUGAGACAAGUGCUAAGAAUGCUACAAAUGUUGAACAAGCAUUUAUGACAAUGGCGGCAGAAAUCAAGAACCGGAUGGGUCCAGUGACAGCAGCCUCAGAAAAUAAGCCAAGUGUGAAAAUCAAUUCUAGCACUCCGGUGAAACAAGGAGGUGGUGGUUGUUGUUAAGGAAUGCUCAUUCUUACCGGUCGGCAUUGAUAUUUUUAUGUAUACGAAUGGGGAUCAGAGCGGAGAUUGUCAAUGCAGGGAGAUGUCCUUGUAAUCGCAGCCGCUGUGUGAAAGAGAAACCUGACAGAAAAGACAUUUAUUACCGACAAAAACAAAGUAGUAGUGAAGUGCACUGUGCUGCAUCACAAAAACAUCUCUCCAAACAUGGGUGUAUUUUAAAUCCAAAUGACUCGAAUUGUAUAUCUGGAAUCUGUAUAAAAAGAUAAAUUAAUCCAUUCAUUGUGAUAUCACACACAAAAUUUUUGUCCACAUUUUGCUAGUUCAUAAACCCCUCCAAAAAACAACAUAGUACUAAAAUUGAAAUGACAGAUUGGCAUGAAAGUCUGUCGUGUUGACAGUCGUCGAGUCGAACUUGAUUUUCAUUGUGCCGAGAUUUUGAGAACUUAGAAUAUGAAUGCCAGAAAAGAAGUGAUCCACACACAGAUCGAUACACUUCAGUUCUUUUGCAACCCAUCAUCGUUUGAAUGAUAUCAAUAAAUGUUUCUCUUAUUUAUUGACUAGUUUUGUGAAGUGUACACUUGUUGUUUGUUUGAAUGAGAUGCCAUCACUGAUGAAGCAUCUUUGGUAUUCCUUCAAGUUCUUGGUUUUUUGAAAAUGGGAAUUUUCAUUUGUAAUCACUGUUUUGUUUGUGGUUGUUUAACCUUUUCACUUCUAUAAAACAGUUAAGACUGUGCCCAAGAGGGUGCCGUUUUAAAUUGGGAGAUCUAGAUGUGAAAGGGUUAAAGGGAUAUACAUUGUUAAUGGGAGCGUCCUUUAGCUUCACACACAGUCAGUUAGACUAGGACUAUUCCAGUUCAGUGAAUUGUUCAUAUUGGUGUGCUUUCAUAAUUGUACAUUCAUUAUUAUGGAAAUUCAUUUUUUUUCCCUCUCACCCAUUGGGAUGGUCUUACAGAUUAAUAUAUAUAUUUGCAGAAUUAUGUAGAAAUGAAACUUAAUUAGUUGUGCUUUUUAUCUUUCCAAUAAUCUUUCCUUUUUAUCAAUGUACUGUUGCAUUAUUAUAUAUACAUUCUGAAAGAAUGCAUUUUGUUCGUCUGUAUGUUUAUUUGGCCAUUGCUGCUGGUUCAUAUGUCGUUUAUGAUUGACUUUGUCAACAAGAAGUAUGCUUCAGUCCAUUUGUCCUAUCAUGCCUUUUGGAAUGGAACUAUUCUGUUAGUUUUUCGGUCUGUAUACCAUCCCUGUGCUUUGUAAAGUUGCAACAUUGAAUUUAAAAAAAAAAAAAAAAAAAUCCCACUCAAACAUUUUGAUUAAAGGCUUUUAUUUCCAUGCUGAUUUCUACAUAAUUUAUUCCGGGUUUUUUCUAAAUAUAGAUAUGGGGUGGGAACAGAAUUUUGAAUUAGUACUUGCUCAUAAUGGUGUAAAAAAAAUCUGCAUCUCACUGGUUGUUUUCUUCUGCAAGUUUUCUAUUGUAAUAUCCCAUGCAUUCAUUUAGUCUUUAAUUUAUUGAACAAGCUUUCAUACUAAUACAUUUAGGAGGCUUUGACCUUGGUAUGUCAUCAGUAUUCUGCUUGUAGCAUUCAUUCAGCAUUAAGUGGGUGCAAGUUAUAUAUUAGUGCUUAGAGUAAAUUGGGGAUGGGGUGGGCGACAGAAGGUCACAGUUGUUUGUGUUUUAAAAAGUGAAGCAUAAUCCAGUGCUAAUUUCACACAAAAAUUAGCAGCAAAAACAUUUGCGGAACAAAAUGUUUCUAUAAAUUGGGCAGUGGUUCAUAAAUUCCAAGGUUUUUGAACCCAAUAACACAAAAAAAAGUAUUGGUAAACGGGUCUGCUAGAAUUCAAUCUCGCAUACAGUUAUGAUCUUUAAUUUCUAUAAUAUAAUGGCGGCGUAUCAGGAUAUCUUUACUAACUGCUUUUACAAUAUAGCAGCCUUUCCAUAAGACAUUGGUUGUCUUUUUUCUUUCUUUUUUUCAUUUUCACUUGCUGUGAAAGGGGUAUUUUAUCAGAGCACAGGGAAUAAAGAGUAAAUUAACUAGUCAUAAAAGUGCUGAUGGGUUGAGUUGACCACCCUGAAAGACGGACGACCAGUUGUGUCCCUUGAGUGUGUUUUGUGUUCAUGUGAUUAUUCAUGGGGUACUGUUUGUGAAUGAGUGAGAGAGAACUGAAAGUAGUCAAAGUAAGCUGUAUAAAAUUAUGUUGGUCAAACAAACUGCUUCUCCCAUUUCUCUCCAUGUAGUGAUUGAUUACCAAGAGCAAAAUUCUGACUAGUAAUAAAUUAUAAAAGAAAGAAAUAACUUGGCACUGUAUGAAUGGAAUAACACCUGCCAGAUAAAUGUUAUUUAAGCUGUUUUUCUUGCUGUAAUUGGGCAGGUUUCCUUGUUGUAUGCUUGUAAAAUGACCUGCACUGUAUCAACAUCUAUUGACAAUAAAUACUUGUAAAUAUUC